GUUCUGUCGCCAAAAUCUGUGAAACUGGAUCAUCUAGUCGACCAAAUGACUGAUUAUUACAAUACACCAGAGAACAAAGAGCUUCAUACAAUUAAGCAGUUGGAGGUGGGGCAAAUAGUGGCGGCGCCGUUUGCGUUCGACGAGCGGUGGUACCGCGCCGAGGUGUGUGGCGUGAAGCAGGACGACUACGAGCCGAGUGCGAGCAAGGUGUCGCUCUACUAUGUCGACUAUGGCGAUGAGGGUGAGCAGCCUGCCGCCAACCUCUACCAACUGCGCACUGAUUUCCUCACCCUCCACUUCCAGGCGAUCGAGUGCUCUCUGGCCAGAGUCAAGCCCAGAGAAGGAGGUGAGUGGUCGAGGGAAGCGACCGACCUGUUUGAAGAGCUGUGCCACGUGGCUCUGUGGCGACCUCUAACGGCGCGCGUCGUCAGCUACGACAAAGCGGACAGGAGGCGGGGUGACAGAGAGGGCAGUCCUGUGCCUGCCGUCGACUUGUACGACCCUGAAACGGAAAUCGAUGUUGGAACAGAACUAAUUUCUCAAGGCUUUGCCACCCCAGUUGACAUUGUGGACAGCUUCUCGAGUGAGAAUUCGACGCCUAGGAAAUUGCCAUUUCUUCGUGGCAGUGGAGAUGCAAGGAAACAACAACACAAUUCAAGUAACGACGCAAACAGAUCAAAUGGUGUUGACCUCGAUAGAACCAAUCCAGAGGCAAGCACUUCCGAACCUCCCUCAAGCUCAUUUAUAUCAGCAGAGUCGGCUUCAACAGCCAACAGGAAUCAAUCUACUGAGAUAAAGUCCUCUUCUAAGUUACCUUCAGACAGUAUUUCACAGAAAUUUCUGUCGAACGAAUUCGUUGCACAGAAUUCACCCUCUCAAAGUUGACAUUUCUAUCAAUUUACAGUUAGCCAACAUUUAACAAUCGAUCAUAUUGAUGUAAAGUUUUAUUUUAAGCUAUUAAAAACCAUUUUGUCAAAUAACAGUCGAAAGUGUGGCUAAAAUCAGUGAUUUGGCAUAGUAUGGCAACUAGGCAAGGAUUUAUUCUGUAAUAAAUCAAAUUUGAAUUUGAUUUAAAAUCAGUUAAUGUAUGAAAUUUAGGCUUUCUAGGAUUUGUCCAGUGCCAUUCUUACGUUGGUUUAGGUUAGUUUUUGGAUUUAAGAAUGAAAUACUUAUUUUAUUUAUAAUAAUAUAUUAUAUAAUUUAUUAUAGGGUGUAUGAUAUAAUUUAUUUUCAGAGUUCAGUUGUGUUUGUGGCUAUAUUCCACAUUGGAAAACCUUGAGCCAUUAGUACAAUGCUGAACAUUUAGCCUAUUAAUGUUUUGGUUAUUAGGCUAUAAUGUUAUAAUAAAAUAAAUAAUGGGUGUAAAUAAUGUGAUCGAGUAAGAUUUCGAGUUACUCAAGACUUGAAGAUUAUACAAUAAAACUUAUGGCUAAUCUGUGUGUCAUAAGAAAUGGCAGCACCUUAACCUACAAUACGAAGUUUUGUGUCUAAACUUGACAGAGUAACUGUUGUAUUUCUAGACUUAUAUGAUUUUAAUCAAAGUUAUUCAGCUCUUGCCAUUAGUCGACAGCUUGAAGUUAAUAAGGUUAAAGAGAACAUAAUUUUAAUUUAUAACCAUGGUGCUUAUCAGGCCAAGUUAGUUGACGAAUUGCCCACUCGUUUGUUUUAAUCUUCUGUUAUGAUUGUAAGUUUGUUAGAUUAUACUCAAGUGCAUUUUUAUUUAUUUCAAAUUUGAGCGAGAAAGCUCGUGUUUGCUUCACUGAGAAUGUUAAUGUUACUCUUCUCAUUUUGUCCUUAUUUGCAUAUAUUUUAAUGGAACAUGUUCUCUUCUUUCAAUGCUCUACUUAACAGUGUUUAGUACUUUCAUUGUACUACUUAUGAUAGCUAGUAGAA